AUGGCAAUUACAAACGAAUCCAUCUGGGCGGCCAGCCCCUCCACAACCCGCGGUGCACCCACCCAGCUCUCCUCGGACGCCAAGGGUGAGCGACUUGCAUAUGCGUCCGGUAAAUCCAUCUUCAUUCGCUCGAUCGACAACCCCGCAGUUGGCCGACAGUACACCGAGCACAAGGCUCAGACUACGGUCGCACGCUUCUCUCCCUCCGGAUUCUAUGUCGCAAGUGGUGAUGCGACUGGGACUGUGAGAGUGUGGGAUUGUGUCGGAGAUGGCAUCACCAAGGGUGACUACAGCAUUGUCAACGGUCGCAUCAACGACCUGGCCUGGGACGGAGACUCCCAGCGCAUCAUUGCCGUAGGUGACGGAAAGCAGCGAUACGGCCAUUGUAUCACAUGGGACAGUGGAAACACGGUUGGCGAGAUCUACGGCCACACGCAACAGAUCAACUCUGUCUCGAUCCGACAGCAGAGACCCCUUCGGGCCGCAGCCGCCGGUGACGAUAAGAAGCUGGUCUUCUACCAUGGCGCCCCGUUCAAGUUCAACACGGGUAUCGGUGACAAGCACACCAACUAUAUUUACGGCGUGGGCUUCAGUCCGGACGGCACGCACUUGGUCAGUGUCGGCGGGGAUCGCAAGAUCUGGCUGUACGACGGCAAGACCGGCGAGACCAAGGGUCAAAUCGGUGAAGGGGAGCACAAGGGGAGCAUCUUCAGUGUGUCAUGGUCCAAGGACUCGCGAAAAUUCGUCACUGCCAGCGCAGACCGGACGGUGAAGAUUUGGGACGUCGAAGUGGGCAAGGCGACGCAGAGCUGGACUCUUGGGGAGGAUGGUGCCAAUGCCAUUCGUGAUCACCAGGUCGGUGUUGUGUGGCCCCACGGCCGAACAGAUGACCUGAUCAUCAGUCUGUCGUUGAGUGGCGAUCUGAACUAUUUGACCGAGGGUACUGCCAAGCCCCGUCGGGUUAUUCAAGGCCAUCAGAAGAGCAUCACCUCACUCGGUCAGUCCACUUUCGACGGCAAGGAAACCUUGUGGACGGGCAGCUUCGAGGGCCGUGUGUGCAGCUGGGAUGUCGCAUCGGGUUCCUCCGAAGAGAUUGAGGGCGAGGGACACCCUGGAUACAUUGCUGGUCUGGCCCCGACUGCCGAGGGCUCUGGCCGCAUUUAUAGUGUCGGGUGGGACGACACGAUCCGGUCCGUCGAUGUGGCGGCCAAGACCUAUACCGGCAGCGCAGCGAAGCUGACCGCACAACCCAAGGGGCUUGCAUCUGCCGGUACCAGUGUUCUCGUUGGCGGUGCCGAGGCCGUCGAAAUCUUCCAAGAUGGCCAAAAGACCGAUGACUACAAGACUAGCUUCCCGGUGACUACCGUGGCUGCGCAUGGACAGAUUGCGGCCAUCGGCGGCGAGAAUGGAGCCGUGCAGAUAUGCAAGGUUUCCGGUGCCAGCCUGUCAGCCCAGGCCGACAUUCAAGCUUCACGCAACCAAAUUUCUAUGUUGGCCUUCUCUCCCGAUGGCUCAAUCCUGGCCGUGGGAGAUCUGCGUGGUCGUGUCUUGGUCUACAAGGUUGCCGAUGGCAGUCUUGUCACGGAUCGCUGGACGGCACACACAGCGCGUGUCACUUCGCUCGCCUGGAGCCCGACUGGCACUCAUCUGGUCAGUGGUUCGCUAGACACCAACAUCUUUGUCUGGAGCUUGGCCAAGCCGGGUGACUGGUUGGAGGUCAAGAACGCGCAUAAGGAGGGUGUCAAUGGAGUCGCGUGGAUCGAGGGCGGAUCUAAGAUUGCCUCUGUCGGGGCUGAUGCUGCUGUGAAAGUGUGGAAAGUGGAAGGUCUAUAA